AUGACUUGCGGUGGAUGUGUCAACAUGAUGGAAAAGUGGACUAAGGAACCACGGAACCAUUACCAUUACCUCGAUAACGGUGCUGUUGUGAUGCCAGUACUGUCCAGAAGAAUGGAUGCAGUUGUUUAUAAGGACAAAGAGAAAAGAUCAACUGCGAGGAAUCCUAUAGAAUCUCGCAAGAUCGCUACUCAGAAACAAGCAUCUGCUGCGAGUGUAAUUGGAGAUGCCAAACAUCAAGAGUCCAGUCUUCUUUCCUUUUGUAUUCUUGUAUCUGAGAUGUUACUAGUUAUUCUGAUCACCCUCGCUGAACUUGUGUCAUCCAACAAAGUCUUUCAAAGCCCAUUAAUAUGGGAAGAGUCCAAGACGGUUGAAUUGAUCGAAAAAGCCCAAUAUGCUGAAUAUUUGAGGAAUCUAAGCUCACUUCGAAUUGCUGCAGGAGCAGCGGUCAACACUAAAGUCCACGAAUCUGGAGACUUCGAAUAUGCGCAAAAAAUCACGAUAGGAAGACCGGAACAGGAAUUUGUGGCAUGGGUCACUACGUUCACGUCUCUGCUGUGGGUGCCACACUAUAGCUGUUCAGCGAAAGCUUGUGAAGGAAAAUCGAAGUUUGUGCCAGAAAAUUCAACUACGUUCGCUAAUUCAAGUACUAGCUGGAAAAUUCUGUACUCCAGUGGUUAUGCAAGUGGUAUACUUGGCAGUGAUGUUGUAAGAAUUGGAGGUACCAAUGAAGCGCAGCUGGUCAUAUUGAAGCACACGUUCGGAAUUGCUACUAAAAUCACUGACCGCACUUUUCAAGAGGCAGAAUUUGACGGCGUUCUUGGUCUUGCAUUUUUCCCUAAUAAAGGAAGUAACAGCAGGCCGUUCAUUGCAAGUCUCAUCGAUCAAGGAGUUCUUGAUGAGCCAAUCUUUACGGUAUGGCUUGGACCACGCAAAAGGAGCAAGGCAUUCGCGGGGACGAUCACUUAUGGUGGCGUCGACAGCGUACACUGUGGACCAAUACUGGGCUACGCUCCCUUAUCGUCCGAUACUUCAUAUGAAUAUAAGUUUUCCGGCGUAAUGAUGGGAGAGUAUGAAGUCAGAGAAGACUUCGAUGUAAUUCAAGACAUGACCAUGUUCAUAUGGGGUCCUUCAUCUAUAGUCAACAACAUGGCCAAAAUUGCAGGAGCUCAGUUCAACACCUCCAACACCGUGUUCGACAUCGCAUGCAGUGCAAAUUUUCCGGAAUUAAAAAUCUAUAUUGGAGGAAAUACGUUUACGAUCACGUCAGAUAAACUGAUAAUCGAGAUCGGAGAUGGUCACUGCAUUUUUGCAAUGGUUCCAAAAGAAGAUUCACCUUCAUAUGCGUUGUCAUGGUAUUUUGGAGCACCAUUCCUGCGUCAGUUCUGUGUAGUGUUCAACCUCCGAAAUAAAUCUCUCAGUUUCGCCAAUGUGAUACCAGAUGGGCCUCAGAGCACAAUCGAACCGCACGAGAGAACAUCCAUAGCGUCAACGUCCGCGCAUUCGCGUCAGCUAACAACUCCAUACAGUGCCGGUAGUGCCGUAGAAUCCUGCUUAAUCGCGACUGCUGUUGUAAUUUUCGCUAUGAUGUGA